AUGUCCACACCAUCCACAAAAGACCGCAUCCAAUCCCUCACCGAACCAGCCAUGAUCCUCAGUAUGGCUGUAAAAGCAUACAUCCACGUCCUUCUCGAAUCCAUCCCCAGCGGCCAAAUAUCAACCCUCCUUAUCCACCCCCAAACCCUCCGCGACGAAGCUUUCAGUCGCUUUUGGUUGGGAUUUAGCUCAACCCCAACAAGAUCAAACCCAGCCCAACUCGAAGGCUCUGCAGCGCUAAUCCCACCACUCCUGUCCCGGGUCUCAGGGACAGUAUUAGAUGUUGGUCCCGGGACGGGGACGCAGAUGCCGUAUCUGUCUGCGCGACGGGAGGAUGUUAAGGGUAUUUAUGGGGCUGAGCCGUGUAAGGGGUUACAUGGGGAGUUGAGCGCGAGGGCGUCGAUGGAGGGGUUAGAUGGGAAGUAUCAUGUUCUUGGGUGUGGGGUUUCGGCGGGGGAGCUUUUUCCGGAGUUGCGGAGGGUGGGGUUAUUGCAUGCUAUGGAUGGGGAUGGUGGUGUUGAGGAACAGAUGCGACGGAUUAAGGAAAAGGGUGGUGUAUUUGAUACGAUCAUCUGCGUGCGCGUGCUUUGCUCUGUGCCUGAUCUAGAGCAGCGCGCGAGGGAAUUGUACGCCCUGCUCAAACCUGGUGGACAGUUACUUGUCGCGGAGCAUGUGGUUAAUCCGUGGAGAACGCCGAAGGGGUCGUUCAUUGCGAGAAUCGCGCAGGGUGUGUACGAGCUUUUGGGCUGGCGGUGGUUUAUGGGGGAUUGUUGUAUGGUUCGGGAUACGGAGGGUGCGUUGAAGAGGGCUGCGGAGGGGGAUGGAGGGUGGGAGGCUGUGGAUAUGGAGAGGUCUUUUGGGUGGUCGGCUUUGCCGUAUAUUUCGGGGGUUUGGGUUAAGAAAUAG